AUCAAAAGCAUAAUAAUAAUAAUACUAAUCUAAUGGAUAUAUCCAGCAAAUAGUCUGACAUGAAGUGUGUUAUCUGCUUAAGCUUUGCUUCCAACUAAGUAUGAUUCAUAAAUUUUAAUUAUUUUAGGUACGCUUAGAUUAAUGUAGCCAUUUAUUCUGUUUUGCAUGUAUUAACAAAUGGUCUGAAAAAAGUCACUAGUGCCCACAAUGCAGAGUAAUGUUUUCUUGUUUUUAUGAAUUAAAAAAUGAUCCGAAAAUAAAGUAUAUUCUAUUUAUGAUAAUAGUAUAAAAAAACAUGAAGCACCCAAAAUCAUUAAUAAUUCUGAAGAUUAACGCCUUAUGGCUUUAGCUGAUAUUGAUAACACUUACUAUGAUUUAAUUUUACAAUAAAUAGAUUUUAUUUGA